CUACUUACAAUGGAACACGUGCGGCGUGUUUCUAUAUUAUUCAUUCUCUUUCAGUAGCUGGACUGCAAUGCAAAUGCAAUAUCAUUUGUAAGAACUUCAGAAAUCUCUUCAUUCGACAGCAAUAAUGGAGGUUCUUCCAGCCCUUGCCCACCCCACAAACACCGUAAUAUUCUUUCCGGCACCGCCGCCGAUCUAUUUCCGUUACGUACCUGUCUUGCCACCGAUCAUAACUUCUUGCCGCCAAAAACCUAUCCCUAAACCUACAAAAAGGACCAUCACCGUCAGAUGGCACCCUCCACCUGUCGGUUGGGUGAAAGUUAAUGUUGAUGGGAGUUCCAAAGGAAACCCAGGAGAAUCAGCCGCCUCAGCCAUUUGCCGAUCGAGCGAAGGGAAGUGGAUAUUCGGGUGUACUACCAGAAUAGGUUUUACAAAUAGUUUCAUGGCUGAGGUUUGGGGUAUCGUGCAGGGUCUGACCAUGGCUUGGAAUUCUGGUUUUAGGAAAGUAAUUCUAGAGUCCGAUUGUUUGGCUGCGGUUAACAGAGUCCUGGGAGAAGAUUACCAAGACCCCAAACAUUUGUGCAGCCAUUUGAUUCUUGCUUGCAGGCAGCUACUAAAGAGGGAUUGGAUUUGCCAAGUGAGGCACGUCUACAGGGAAGCCAACUUCUGUGCAGAUUUCUUGGCUUCCAAUUUUCGGCAUUUGCCAAUGGGUCGAAACUAUUUCAUCGCACCUCCACCUGAGCUGGAAAAAUUGAUGGAGGAAGAUCUAGUUGGACCGGGUACAACUAGGAUCAUAAAGUGUUAGUUUUGGUUUUUAUUGAAACAUCUACUGAAGCAAAAUGUAAUUCUUAGUGUUAACACCUUAAUUAGUUCUACAAAAUGCAUAUGCAUGCGUUAAUUUUUUGUUAAACUUUUGUUCUACAUUGCAGAUAUGUAUUCAUUUUUUGAUGAGUUUAAAUGGAAAUGUUUGUUGAUUUGUUAGAGUUAAAUGAAAAUGUUACUACUUU